AUGCCAGAAAGAUGGAUUAGAUAUGAUUUGACACCUAUCAACACAACAACUUCUGGCACUUCUCUCGUUUCUCGCACAAAUGUCAGGGUCUGUGAGCGAGUCCUGACAAUAAUUACUCAAUGCCUCACCAUCGUCAAUAUCGUUGUCACUCUCUCCGAUACCAUCGGAGCCGCGAUUAAGUCUCUUUCAGACGCAGGUAGUUGCGGCAAGUCUUCUGGUUCAUUGGACGGUGUUUCUUGGGUGUAUUAUGCGACUGGUAGAAACUGUGACACAACUGCAGAAGUCAAAACUAUCCAGGGAGCUAUCAAACAACACUUAAUAACCACCGACGGAAAUUCUCUGUGUUCCACAGAAUGUCUCGAUCUCACCCACUCAGGUACCUGGAGCGGCUUCCUCCUUAUCCCUGUGGUAGCAGAAUCCGUGGUUGACGAAGUGAUCCUUUCGUAA